AUGGAGUUCUACGCCGGCGACCUGGUUCCAUGGCUAGAAAACCAGACCUCGAACCUUGCCACCGGAUCCGCCAGCGCGUCAGUAACCAUUGCCAUGGAUGCGUUGGUGCCAAGCUCCAACACCCAUCUGCAAACGCUACGGUGUGGUGGAUGGCUGGGUUGUCACAAAACGAGAGGAGCAGUCUCUCUUUUCCGACGACCCUUUGUGGGUCUUGUUCUAGUUGUUGGCAGCGAUAAAGCGAAGGGAAGAAGAGCAGCAGUGGGUCGCAACAGGGAAAUGGGGCUUAGGCUGCUAAUUGUCGGAGGUAUAAGGUGGGAAAAUGGGUGCUGGCAGUGGUGUUUCUUGGUGGUUUACCGUGGUUGA